AUGGCUUUCAUUCGAUCUUUGAGCAUACUGGCUCUGGCCCUUGGUGCCACAGCCGUUCCUUACAAUACAUUUGACGGUCCUGGAUUCCCAGCAUGCCAGGACGUUGCCAAGGUCCAUGAUGCUUCAAGCGUCAAGGACAUCCAAAACACCGUCCAAGGUGCCAUCAAGGCAGGUCAGAGAGUUCGGGCCUCGGGAAAAGCACAUAUGUGGUAUGAUACGAUGUGCUCCGAUGAUCCCAACACCGUCAUUAUUCGUACAGAGCAAGUAAACAACAUAUACGAUCUUGACAUGGAGGCCGGCACUGUCAUGAUCGAGGCUGGUGUAACAUUUUUACAGCUCGCUGAGUACCUACACGACCAUGGAGCUUCCGCGGGAUACACCCUUGUCAACUGGAACAUCACCUUGGCUGGUUGUGUUGCAAUGGGUGCCCAUCGGUCGUCUAUCCGAGAGGAUUCCAUGGUUGCAGCUGGCGUGUUGGCUAUGGACAUCAUUGACGGCACUGGCAAGCUAAGACACCUGGAGCGUGACGACAGCGAAGAGUGGCUGGCUGCUUCAACGUCUUUGGGACUACUGGGUGUCAUUGUGAGGAUGAAGUUCAAGGUCUAUCCCGACUUUAAAGUAUACGCCGAUCAGAAAACCCUGGACGAGGGUGAUGUUCUAGAUGGUGACAUCUAUGGUAUGAUAGCCCCCUAUGCCACCGCGAAUCUCUGGUGGUGGCCUCACAAGAAGAAGUUCCACUGGCGCUACUAUGAUGUUAUCCCAACCAACCAAAGCGAGCAAGAGGGCUUCCAAAACACAUUCUCGAUAACCCAAGUUGAAGCUGGUGCUAUCUCAGCUCUAUGGAACACUGGAAAAGGAGUUUCUCUAUCAAAUCUUCUCGCAGAAGAAAUUCUAUUUGGGCAAUGGGAGAAACCCAACUUUAGAGAAAAGACAACUAACAAGCCUAUCGAGAAGUGGCCCGUUUACGGAUGGAACUAUGAUGUUCUUAUUGGCGGUUUAUACCCUGAUCAGCGUCCAGUAUGGGAGUACGGCAUCCAUGGCUACACCUUGGAGCUCGCAUUCCCCGUUACCCAAGCCAAUGCAAUGCUUAAGAGGGUUCGCCAGCUCUUCGAUAACGAAGCCAAGAAGCUCAAGUUUAUGGCAUCUACUUAUAGGAGUGGCAUCAACAUCAAGUUUGGACGGCCAUAUUUUGACCUACUUGGACAGGUGACUUAUGGCACGUCCGAUGGUGCCGACUGGGACAAGGGUGUGAUCAUGCUGGAUUUCCCUUCUUACAAGCCAAGCAUUGGUGAUGGACUUCGAUAUAACGAACCUUUUUAUCACAAACUGGCAGAAACGCUGAUUGACGAAUUUCCAUGUCGCCCACACUGGACCAAGAACACACGAGAGGUAUUCGAACGUGCGGCCAAGAAUAUUGACCCUGAUCAUAUCUCUCGAUUCAAAGCAGUCAGGCAAAAGUUUGACCCUGAUGGCAUCUUUCGAAGCGUCGUGGGUGAAGCCAUUGGCGUGUACUAA